CCGUUCCGGUAUUGUUAAUCGUAAACGACCGUCGAGCCGUCGAGCCGUUGAUCCUGACGAGACAUCGGGCACGGGCAGGAGAUCAAGGAUCAGCAAGCAGAAGUGUCCGGAUACGGCGGAUACUGAAGUGGCCAUUUUCGCAAGAGCACACCGGCUUUCACCUACCGUUGCAUCCAAGUGAAGUGUUGGCCCUGAAGCCCCCGUUCAAGCGUUUGAGUGGCAGCGCCAGUGGUCCGAUUGUGUGAACCCGGAAGAAGGCAUCGAAAUGCUGUCCAGGGUAAUUAGUUUUGAUGAGGUUGUUAAAACAUCAAUCGAAACGUUCCGCAACACGUUCGGUACCGAUCCGGACGUGGCCGCCUGUGCACCCGGCCGGGUCAAUCUAAUCGGCGAGCAUGUCGACUACAACGAUGGCUUCGUCCUGCCGAUGGCACUGCAGAUGGCCACGGUAGUAGUGGGCCGCCGGAACGGUACCGAGUCGAACUGCAACGUGGUGACCUGCUCCGACGGCAUCCAGGAGGACGCGAAGCGGGCCCAGUUCGACAGUAGCGCCAUCGCCAAGGGAUCACCCAAAUGGCUGAACUAUGUGAAGGGCGUGAUGUUCCACUAUCGUCAACCGGUGCCCGGGUUCGAUGCGGUCAUCCACACCAACGUACCGGUCGGUAGCGGACUGUCCAGCUCGGCCGCACUAGAAGUGUCGACACUAACCUUCCUGGAGCAGCUCACCGGGCAACGGGCCGGCAGUGGGAGUGCCGCGGAUGGUGCGAAGAUCUGCCAGCGGGCGGAACACACGUUCGCCAAUGUACCCUGCGGCAUCAUGGAUCAACUGAUAGCGAUCGGUGGCCGGGCUGACCACGCACUGCUCAUCGAUUGUCGUUCGCUCGAGACGGAAUCGAUCCCGUUCGCGGCCACCGGGCUGGCGGUGCUGAUUUGCAACUCGAGCGUGAAGCAUGAGCUUUCGUCUAGCGAGUAUCCGGUACGGCGGAAGCAGUGCCAGGAUGCCCUGAAGCUGAUGGGGCUGUCGAGCUAUCGGGACGCGACCCUGGACCAUCUGAAAGCGCUCGAGAACGCGAACGAGGUGCUGGUACGCCGGGCACGUCACGUCAUCAUGGAGAUCCAGCGAACGACCGAAGCCGCCAACGCACUGAAGGCGAACGAUUUCGUGAAGAUGGGCCAACUGAUGACGGAAUCGCACCGAUCGCUCAGCGAAGACUUUGACGUUUCCUGUCACGAGGUGGACCUGCUCGUGGAGGCAACGCUGGGGGCGCGCGGUGUGCUGGGCACACGGAUGACCGGUGGUGGCUUCGGUGGAUGUACCGUUACGCUGCUCGAACGCAGCGCCCUGGCCGAUGUGGUCAAGGAGGUGGACACGAUCUAUUCGCGCAAAACGGGAGGCAAAUAUCGGGCGCGCUUCUACCUGGCGGAACCCAGCAACGGUACGCGAUCGAUCGAUCUGAGUAAAUACCUUGGAUGAGGUGCAGAACAGCGGCAGCGAGAAGUAGAGGGGGCGAGAAAUUAGAUUUUAACAUGUUCUUUUGUGUGGAUCGACGUCGACGUGGAACGGAACGGAACGGAACGACAAUAAAUGCAUUUAAGGGUAAACGAUGGAUGUGUUUUGGUGGAGUGGAAUUUGUUGAGGAAAAUGAUUAUUAAAUGCUCAAAUAAACAUUAU